AUGGCAGGCUUCAAAUUUGAAGUAUUUCCGGCGGUGGAGCUAAACAUAACAUUAGGAAUAUUGGUGACGGUUGAUAAUCGCAACUAUGGAAGCUCCAAGUACCAAAACGCCACGGCUUAUAUCAGUUAUCGUGGAGAAGUCGUCGCCGAAGCUCCGAUAGCGGAUGACACAAUUCCGGCUCGUGGGAAGCAUAAUAUAAGCACCACCAUGAAUCUAAUACCAGAUAAGUUCGUAAAGAAUCCGUAUUUUUUGGCUGACGCAGUUGGUACUGGGAUCUUGAAUUUUACUUCCACCACCACGUUGCAUGGGAAAGUCAGCUUAUUCAAGCUAGUCAAGAUGAAAGGUACCAGCUUUUGCACGUGUGACAUCUCCAUCUUUGUUAUGCCCAAGACCGUUAAUUCAGUUUGCAAAGCCAAGUUCACCUUAUAA